AACAGCUGUAAACAAUAUGGCAGACGGCAUGUACUGUUGAUAUACCUCCGUGGUUUGCUUCGCGCAAAUUAGCCACUUUAGAGCUGUCAUGGGGACAGGUUGCAGCUCCGAGCACCAAGAUCUUGUGUCCAAAAAAACACCUUCAAUACCAGGAUUCAAAAUUGUCAUCAUUGGUGAUCGUGAAGCCGGAAAAACAAGUAUUUUUCUUCGUUUCCUUCAUAACCAGUUUUCUCCAAUUUAUAUCCCGACUCAAAAAGUCAAUAUUGAUAACAUGGUAUUAAAAGUGAAUCAGCCAAGUCAUGCCCUUGUCUCCAUGACUAUAUGGGAUACUCCUGGCCUGGAGGAUAUCGACCUACAAUCCAUCUAUUGCAGUGAUAUGGACGCUUUGAUUGUUGUGGUGGACUUGACAGAUGAGACAAGCAUACGUAUGGCACCUGUUCUGAAACAGAUGGCACUGAACAGAUCCUCCUUUACAGGACAAGGAGACGGGGAGAAUUCCUGUGCUCAAGUGCCUGUUUUUCUGGUUGGCAACAAGUUGGAUCUAGUGGAACAUUUCUAUGAAGAAGACAGAAUUGAAAACAGCCCAGAAAAAGUAAAGAAGAAAAAGCAAAAGUUAGCUCCUGUAAAGCCAGACUGCAUCAAACUGCUGGAAGAAGUGGCAGCUACUGGCUACUUUACAGGAAGCACUGUUGUGUCAGCAAAACUGGGUAAUGGUUCAGUCCAUCAGGCACUGCAGACAUUUGUACGUUAUAUCCUUGAAAAGCGCAACCUACAAAGACGAUGGCAGCCUGUUUCAUCUAAGGAAGAGUCAAAAAAGUCUAAGGACACACAAGGAAACACUUUCACACUUGUGGGAAUUUCCCAGUUUGAUGAGAUGUUUACUCAAGGGCAAAUAAUGGUCACUCGUGUAGCAUCUCUGAUUGCGUGCAUGAGAGAAGCCCAGAAGCAGUUUAAGGAACUCUGUGUGAUGUGUGGCGUUGUGACAGAGAAUGACUGCAGUUUGGAAGACUGCCUCGUGGGACUGAGGGAAGCCCUGGCUUCUCAAGAUAUCAAACUGAAACUUGUCCUGAAAGACAAUUUCUGCAUACUGGAGGCAAAAGGUGUUUUAAAAGACAUGGAAAUUGAGAGGAAAUUGCGAUAUGCCUUGAAGUCAUUCAAUAAAGAGUUUUCAGCUGUUUGCACAACUGCUUUGGCUGAAAUGCCCACCAUUAAGACUUCCCUGGAAAUACUGGAUAAGAGAGUGGCUAAGCUUUGUGAAGACUACAGAGUUCCACCUCCAGCACCCAAACACAAUGCCACUGACAACAGCUUCAAGAAAGACACAAGCGCCAAUGUGCUUGAUGCCAAGAAAUUAUCCAGUCUCAUAGAGAAAAACCGUGCAGUAAUGACACACUCUCAGCAUCAAGCAAUGGAGGCUGUCAAGAGAAUAGAGUCAGCACUAAAAAAAGCUAGAACAGCAUUUGCUUGGUGAAGCUGAGAAAUGAAUUCCUGCAGGCUUUCUCUUUUCAAGUGUACAUAGAGCAACUCAUCUCUUGCUUGGAAAGCUGAGAAGUGAAUUUCUACAGGCUUGCUCUGUGUAAGUGUAUACUGAAACUCUAACCUAAACUGAAACUCACACUUUUUCACCCCUUUAGUCCAGAAUUGAAUUGCUGCAGAUCUGCUACCUAUAAAAGUGUACAUAAGGAUGACUCUCUUGGCAGCAGAUUUGUUUCUGAAGGUACAAGCAAAGAGAAUUGGUACAACUGGCAGGAGCCAUUUUUCUUGUUUGGGAUUGCUGUCCUUAAUACUGUGAGAGUCUGCUGAAACUCCUUUUUAUCAUAUAAACAAAAUGAGGGACCUUAUAUUACUAUUAUUAUAUUAAUAUUACACUUCUUAAAGCAUAUAAUAUUAAUAAUUUUGUAUUGUAUCAGUCUUUUGUUGUAAAAAUUUUGUAUAGCAUUGAACAACCCAAAGUGAAAGAGACACGAUGACAUAUAUGGUUGUAGAAACAACUGUAGUUGCAAUGCUUGCUUCAGAAUAUUAUGCAGCUUUCAUUUUUGUGAUUUAAGGUAUCAGCUAUAUGCCUCUUUUCUGGUUUUUGAAGGUUUAGAAAUUUUGGGCAAAUCAAGGCAAGGUGUGCUGCUGUCUAAAAGUUUAUGACCAUACUGUAUACAGAUAUUUUUGAAACUGCAUAAUUGUUUGGACUGGCCAUAAAGACUGAUGAUACUGAUA